GAAGAGACGACGUGCGUUUGUUUGUGGUGGGGUCAGAAACCAAGGGAUCUCUCUCACCUCAUCUUCUCCAAUUCACCAAAUCUCUCCUGGAAUUUCAUUCCAUGGAAGCUGAAAGAAAAUCCAGCCUCUUCUUCAUCCAAAACGACGAACCGCCGACCGCCAGAAGCUUCAGCAUCGAUUCCAGCAAUGGCUUCCGCCCCUGCAUCAAGAAAAAGAAGAACAAAACCACAGGCGUUAUGCAACUAAUCAGGGCUGCAUUGUUCAUGAUCAACAACAAAUCCAGCAAGAAGAAAUUGUUGGGCCUGGUUCGCCCGUUGCAAUUGGAGAGCCACCAAUUACCGCCGCCGUCGUCGUCACCGCCCGCGUUACGCCGGAUUCAGGCGUCAUCUGCGGUGGUGGCACAGGGGGAUCGAGAGGUUGCUCCGCCGUCGCCGGCGGCGAUGAGCCAGUACGCGUCGGCGAACAGCCUGGCGGAUCUAGACGAGAAGGAGGAGGAAGAACAUGGCGAUUGCUACUACGAUGGUGUGGAAGGGGACGAGAUGAUCGAUUCCAAGGCGGAGGAGUUCAUCGCCCGAUUUUACCAUCAAAUGCGGCUCCAAGAUCAACGCCCAAAUUAGUUGUCUCGGUUCGACCGAUUUCCGUACCUUGGAGCUUCUAUGGAUUUGUUCGGUUGUCUCUUUCGGUUGAAUUUGGUUUGGCGGUUUGGUGUGAAAUUCGGCUAUGGAAAAAAUGUGUUUCAUUCUAGAGAGAAGCAGAUUUAGUGAACUCUGUCAUCAUUCUUCGAUUCUUUAAUUUUUUCUUUUUUUUUCU